CCUAGGUGGGACGAAAUAGGCAAAUGGCCGACACGUCAAAAAGUAACAUUUCGUUAGCGGGAAAAAGAAUUUUUUGGCCUGUUGUUUUCUAUAUAUCUUGACUUUUUGAAGCUUUUGUAAAUAAUAAAUUUGUGGUAUGAUAUCUGUAGAUAGCAACGGCAAGCUCCAAGAUGAGGAAAGUACUAGUGAAAAUGGAUCGGACGAAUAUCCAAGAAUACCUAUUUCCUCGUUAGAUGGACCUAAAGAAUGGACUUAUACUAUGAGAAGAUGCAUGCAGAAAGUGGUACCUGGUUUGUAUCUAGGACCAUACAGCGCUGCGAGUCGAUCCAAAUUACAAUCUUUGAUAGAACACGGCAUCACUCAUAUAGUCUGCGUUAGACAGGAUAUAGAAGCACAUUUUAUACGGCCAAACUUUCCUGACAGAUUCAAGUAUCUGGUCUUGGAUAUAGCCGAUACUGCCACAGAAAAUAUAAUACAACAUUUUCAAAAGGUUAAAGAAUUUAUAGACGAAGGUAUAAAUUCUGGUGGUCAAGUUCUAGUUCAUGGUAAUGCAGGGAUAUCGAGGUCAGCAGCAUUAGUUUUAGCAUAUGUAAUGGAAACUUAUGGACUUUCACAAACUCAUGCAUAUGCCAUAGUACAACAAAGAAGAUUUUGUAUAAAUCCAAACGAAGGAUUCAUGGCACAAUUAAGAGAAUACGAGCCUAUAUAUCAAGCGCAAAAAACACUGAGAAAUGGUCAACAAAGUUCUAUAAGACAACGAAGCAAAAGAACGAUUCAUCAAAUGGAUACUGAACGAGUCGAAGAUAGAGCAAAUGCAAUGGACAGUUGAUAGCAAGUAAAAAUAUGCCAAAGUUACCAAAAGACUUAAUUUAUAUUAAAGAAGAAUUUAAGGUAGUACAUUAUACCUUAUUGUAUUUCAGCUAACCACUGAAAUAUAGAUUAUUAAAAAGACAUUAAAUCCAAAUAUACCAGUAUUUAAGCGACUGGUUGUAACAUAUUUUGGAUUUAAACAAUAAAACAAUCUAUAAUAAUUUUAAAAAAGAAAAAAAAGCAGAAAAAAAGACGUCGACAGAGCUAUUCCUAUAGCCACUAUGUAAAUUUAAAUAUUAAAAUAUACUCAUUUCCACUAGUAUGUAAAUUGUAUGUAAUAUUAUCAGUUUUAUAAAAUGAACGCCGUGAUAUUCUACGUGUAA